AUGUCUCUUGAAAAGUUAAAAACUGAGCGCAAAAACAGCAAAUCUGGUCUAACGAGAGCCAUAAAUUGGUUAAGUAUUAAUCAAGAUACAAUCACUGAUAUUAGUCAAGUUCAAAUUCGUCAAGAAGGUUUAAAAAAACAUUUUGAUAGAUAUAAUGUGGCUCAAGACCAAAUUGAGGGUUUUCCUCAGGCUUCUUCUACCGAGGAAGAUGCUGAUAAGGAAAAUAGGCUAGAAACUGAAAAUAAAUUCUAUGAUACUCUUGCUCAAUAUGAAAAUUGUAUUAAAAAAUUGUCUGUUUCAACUCUACAAAACGUAAACUUACCCCAGGAUACCUCACAUAGAAUUGCAGGUGUAAAAUUACCCGAUAUUACCAUAGCGCCCUUUAAUGUAUUAGAUAAAAUAACCCAUCAACUUCCCCAAGUUUCGAUCCAGGUUGAUAAGUUAAAAAUACCUAGUGAUAUUUUUGAAAAACUCGCAGACCCUGGAUUUUUCACUCCAUCUGAUAUAGACAUACUGGUUGGUGCUGACGUUUAUUAUUCUCUCUUGUCCAGGGGUAUUUUUGAGUUAGGUACUAAUUAUCCUACUCUACUGAACACGCACUUAGGUUGGAUAGUAGCCGGUAAUGUACCACUACACUGUUCAGCGCUUCAUUUACGUUCAGAGUUACAACUCUCACGUUGUAACUUUUCUCAAGAAAUCCAUUCUCCUUCAAACUUAGAUUUAGACAACAGUCUGUGUAAAUUUUGGAAUACUGAAAAAAUUUUUGAAGAUAUUCCCCUUGCACCUGAAGAUGAACAAGCAGAAGAAAUAUUUGUUUUAAAGACCCAAGUACUAAAAAGUGGCUCCUAUCAAGUUGAUAUUCCCCUCAAGUCGCCAGUUGAGCAUCUUAAGUUGGGUGACUCAUACACUAUUGCCGAAAAACGAUUUUUCCUUCUUGAAAAGCGGUUUCAAAAGGACCCUUCUUUGUUUUCUCGUUAUAAGCAAUUUAUAGAUGAAUAUGUCUCUCUUGGACAUGCGCAAUACAUCCCUCUCACUCUCAUUACUCCAAAAUCUGAAAACAAAUAUUUUAUUCCUCAUUUAUGUGUCAUUCGUGAGUCUAGCGCGACCACGAAGCUUCGAGUCGUCUUUGACGCUUCCUCUAAGAGUUCAACAGGAUAUUCUUUGAAUGACGUAACACUCAAAGGUUUUACAGUUCAGCCUGAACUGUAUGACAUCUUAUGCCGUUUCAGAACCUUUAGAUAUGUCUUAACCACUGACAUUGAAAAAAUGUACCGUCAGGUGUCAAUAAACCCUGAACACAGAUUUCUACAAAAUAUUUUAUGGAGAGAUAACCCCAAAAAUCCAUUAAGUUGCAUAGAGCUCUCAACGGUAACUUAUGGAACCAAUUUUGCACCUUUUGUUUGCACUCGCGUGUUAAAUGAAAUUGCUCAAAUCAAUUCACAAAAGUUUCCCUUAGCCUCUGAAGCAAUUAUGACUCAAUGUUUCAUGGACGACGUUUUGGCCGGUUGUGACAAGUACUGUGAAUUGCAGACCCUUUAUGAUGAACUCACUGAAAUGCUUAAAAUAUCUGGUUUUAAUUUGCACAAAUGGUGCUCAAAUUCACAGAAAUUUUUGAGUCAGGUCUCUGAAAAAGUUACUCACGAGUACAACAUGAACUUUGAUGACACUCCUAAUAAAGUAUUAGGUUUGAAAUGGAAUCCAGUUGAGGAUGUACUUUGUAUCUCUACGCCCCAAGUCCCUCAGACAGAUCUCUUAACAAAAAGAAUGGUUUUAUCGACUAUUGCCCAAUGUUUUGAUCCAUUGGGGUUAGUAAAUCCUGUUAUUGUUCAAGGAAAAAUUUUGAUGCAAAUUCUUUGGUGUAAAAAGUUGCAUUGGGACACAAUUAUCACAGAUGAAACUAUCAUAUCAAAAUGGAAUGAUUUUAUUAAACACAUAUCUCUUCUUCAAGGUUUAAAAAUUUCUCGGAAUUUAUUUCUCAAUAAAACUAUCAAAAAUGUUGAAUACCACGGUUUUGCAGAUGCCAGCUUAGCUGCUUAUGGAGCAUGCAUAUACCUUCGCGUUAUUUACUCAGACAACACGGUCACAUCUAAGCUUACUCAGAGAAUAGUAAAGAGUUUUGAGAAGAAUCUUAAAUCAAAAAUUACCUCUAUAAAUCUAUGGUCUGACUCGCAAAUAGCUCUCGCUUGGUGUAAAAGUCACCCUAGUAGGUGGACUGUGUUUGUAGCUCAUCGAGUAUCCCUAGUUCAGGAUCUUACUUCUGAUUGUGUGUGGCGAUACAUUAAAUCGUCCGAGAAUCCAGCAGAUAUGUUAUCUAGAGGACUAUUUUCUCAAGACAUUUUAAAAUCUGGAUUUUGGUUUCACGGGCCAAAGUUCUUAAAUUCGAUGGAUUUAAAUUUAAAAGCCUUUGACAUUCCCUCCAAAGAAACUAAUCUUCCAGAAGAACGAAAGGUUAAUUUACACGUAGUAGAAACCUUUUCGUCUCGACAAAGUGAAUUCUGGCAUGAUUUGUUUUUAAAGUUUUCUAGUUUUUCUAAGCUUCAACGAGUAAUCGCAUACAUUUUGCGUUUUAUUCAUAACUCCAAAAAUAAAUUAAGUAGAUCUGAUGGCGCUCUGACAGUCACAGAACUUAGUUCAGUUCUUCAACUAAUAGUUCAGAUACUUCAGAAAAAAUAUUUUUCUAAAGAAAUCUGUGAGCUUAAAAGUAAUAAGCCUCUCUCUAACAAGAACUUAAUUUCCCUAAAACCCUUUGUGGACUCUUUUGGCAUUCUAAGAGUUGGUGGUAGGUUGGAUUAUGCUGAAGUCUCUUACGAUCAAAAACAUCCAAUCCUUCUUCCAGCAAACGAUUAUGUCGUCUCUCUCAUGCUUUUACGUGAACAUAAACGUUUAGGUCACGCUGGGCCGCAAAACGUACUCUCAAAUUUCAGACUUAGAUUCUGGCCCUUAAAUGGCUUGCGCCAAAUUAAACGCUUAAUUAGGAAUUGCACAGUCUGUUUUCGAUUCAAUGCCCAGACAAAUCAGCAAAUUAUGGCUAGUCUCCCAAAAGAAAGAAUAACAAUUUCACGACCAUUUCAAAAAGUUGGUGUAGAUUUUGGUGGUCCUUUUUUCCUCAAAUCCUCAAGGCUUCGAAAAGCCAAUGUUAUUAAAGGUUACAUUGCUCUAUUCGUGUGUAUGUCCACAAAAGCCGUUCAUCUUGAGAUUGUCUCAAGUUUAUCUACUGAAGCCUUUCUAAUGACAUUUAAACGAUUUAUUUCUCGAAGAGGCAAUCCCACAGUUGUGUUCAGUGACAAUGCAACCAAUUUUGCAGGCGCAAGAAAUCAAUUAAGAGAACUGUACGAGUUUUUCCGAAUUGACAAACAAUAUGAUGCUUUGAAGACGUUUCUAACUCAAAACGAAACCGAAUGGAGGUUUAUUCCCCCUCGAUCUCCUCACUGGGGAGGAAUCUGGGAGUCCGCAAUUAAAAGCACAAAGUAUCACCUAUACCGAAUUAUGAAGAAUUCUCAGUUUACGUUUGAAGAGUUUAGUACUAUUCUUUGCCAGAUAGAAGCUAUUUUAAAUUCUCGGCCGCUUUGCUCUAUGUCUAACGAUCCCUCUGACUUCUCCUCAUUGACCCCUGGUCAUUUUUUAAUAGGUACGUCCCUAACGGCCUAUCCUGAAAAGGACUUAAAGAAAAUUCCCGAAAAUAGACUCUCUUUUUGGCAGAGAUGUUCACAGAUCCAACAAAUUUUUUGGAAACGGUGGACUGUGGAGUACCUAAAUCGUCUCCAAAAUCGACCAAAAUGGUUUCGGUCAUCCAAAAAUCUCGAAGUUAAUGAUUUGGUCCUCCUCAAAGAGGAUGAAACUCCCCCUCUUAAAUGGCCUCUAGCUAGAGUGACUGAGGUUAUGAAGGGUGCAGAUGGAAGAGUCAGGGUGGUUAAACUUAAAACUACUGACGGAUAUUAUACCAGACCUAUCACAAAGGUCUGUCCGCUACCCGAAGAAAACGUUCAAGUUUCUCUUACUAAAUCUGAUAAAUAA